CAACAACAAUCAUAAUAAUAAUAAUAAUAAUAAUAAUAAUAAUAUAUGCUACAUUUUUAUGAAAACAAAUAUGCUCGCAUUGGAGAAUUCAGAGAGCUGCGAAGAAGAUAUGCAACGCGAUACAAGCCGUACCACUCGCAAUCAGUCCGGGGAUGAUGCGUACUUCGCGCGUCCGUUUCGCCGGUCCGCGCACUGAGAGAACGGAAAGACUUCGAUUGCUUGUGGAUACGUUCAUAAAUUUAUGUCAAUAAAUGUCAGCUUGCCGUUUAAAAUGGACAUUGCACUGGCUGGAUUUUGCCUGAUUUUCCUAAACUUGCAUUUUCCUCCUUUUUUGCCUGCUGACCGUCACGUUUCCAUGGAGAGUUUGUAAUACCCGGGCUUAUCACGAACCACUUCACGGAUAAUUAUCGCUUCAGUCCAGCUGAAAAGGAACCAGUGGUCUUCAAGGUUAUGGAUUGAUCAUGAGGUGUGCGAAUUUACCACAUUUAGGCGGAUGAUACCACAAACUGCAACUGCGCUACAGUGAACCGGGCCAUUCCUGCACAAGAAAAUGCAUAUCUGGAUACUGAAAAUAAUAUUGCUGCUCACCACAUCUCUGAGUCUGGUUGAGACGUAUGACAAUUAUGGGGAGAUCUGUAGGAAUCUGUGCACUUGCGAGGAGAGGGAAGGUAUUCUGACGGUCAGCUGUGAGAACCGAGGCAUCGUGCGACUGUCAGAAAUAAGCCCGGUGGUUUUUUCCAUGUACCAUCUUUUGCUGACGGGUAAUUUAUUGAAACGAUUAUCCGUCAAUGACUUUAUAAAUUACACUGGAGUUACCAUUUUGCAUUUAGGUAAUAAUGACAUAUCGGAGGUGGAGACUGGGGCGUUUAAUGGACUCCAAGGAUUAAGAAGACUACAUUUGAACAAUAACAAAAUAGACAUGCUUAGGGACGACACAUUUGUCGGACUCGAGAGCCUAGAAUAUCUUCAGAUUGAUUAUAAUUUUAUUAGCACUAUCGAACCGAAUGCUCUAAGCAGGCUUCAUCAACUGACUGUGCUCAUUCUCAAUGACAACUUGUUGUCUUCUCUGCCCACAAACAUUUUCCGGAAUGUACCUUUGACACAUUUGGAUCUCAGGGGCAACCGGUUGAAAAUGUUCCCUUACAUUGGACUUUUGGAGCAUAUGGACAAAGUAGUGGAAUUACAGCUCGAGGAGAAUCCGUGGAAUUGUUCCUGUGAGCUCAUUGCGCUUAAGGCUUGGCUCGAGAGCAUCGCCUACACUGCUUUGGUGGGGGAGGUUGUUUGCGAGACUCCAUUCAGGCUCCAUGGAAGGGAUCUGGAUGAGGUCUCCAAGCAGGAACUGUGUCCCAGAAGGGCCAUAUCAGAGUAUGAGAUGCGCCCACCGCCCCCACUCAGCACUAGUGGCUAUUUCCAGACCACACCGGCGGCUGUGACGGCAUCAGCCACAUCUUCGGCUGUUCUACGCUCCUCAUCCAGGCCAACCAAGGGCACCCGCCAAUCAAGCAAAACCAAGACGAAGCCCACCUCUCGAAUUCCAGCCAACCCCUACAACUAUGGACCCAUCAUUGCUUUUCAGACCAAAUCUCCCGUGCCUUUGGACUGCCCCACCACCUGUACAUGCAAUCUGCAAAUAUCCGACCUGGGGCUCAAUGUCAACUGCCAGGAAAGAAAGAUCGAAAACAUAUCAGAUCUAAUGCCCAAGCCAUACAAUCCCAAAAAGAUGUACCUUACGGGGAACUACAUCCCUGUUGUACGUAGAUCUGACUUUGUGGAGGCAGAGGGAUUAGAUUUACUGCACCUGGGAAACAAUCGGAUAGCACUCAUCCAUGAUCGAGCCUUUGGGGAUUUAAUUAACCUACGUAGGUUAUACUUGAAUGGCAAUUUGAUUGAUAGACUCACAGCAGACAUGUUCUUUGGGCUAAAGAGUCUGCAGUACUUGUAUUUAGAAUAUAAUAAGAUUAAAGAGAUUGUAGGUGGGACUUUCCGCUUUGUGCCCAACCUUCAGCUACUUUUCCUCAAUAACAAUCUUUUGAAAACAUUGCCAGGAGGCAUCUUCUUUAGUCUGCCACUCUCCCGGCUCAAUCUUCGCAGCAACCACUUUCAAAAUCUGCCCGUGAGUGGAGUUCUAGACCAGCUGAAAGCGCUAGUUCAGAUUGACCUGUUUGAGAACCCUUGGGAAUGCUCUUGCGACGCAGUCGGCAUGAAGAUCUGGUUGGAACAGCUCAACACUGGAACGGUAGUCAACGAUAUCAAGUGUGUGACGCCCAAGAGGCUUGCAGGACAGGACAUGAGGGUUGUCCCUUCAGAGCAGUUGUGUCCCGAUUACUCUGACAUCAUUGUGUCCACUGUGGUUCCUUCAGAGGAACCUUUAGCAGAUAGUAUCACUACGACCAAGACGCCCCUAAGGUUCAACACCCCUUCCAGUAACGUUCCUUUGUCUGUUUUGAUUCUCAGCCUCCUUCUUGUUUUCAUAAUGUCGGUCUUCGUGGCAGCCGGCCUGUUUGUGGUGGUCAUGAAGAGGCGUAAGAAGUCUCAGAGCGAUCGUAACAGUACAAACAACUCGGACGUAAGUUCUUUCAACCUUCAGUACAACCUCUAUAGCAAUCGCUCCGUCCCCAAGGUCAAAGCACCUGCAGGUCACGUCUAUGAGUACAUCCCGCAUCCAUUAGGUCAUAUGUGCAAAAACCCAAUCUAUAGGUCCAGGGAAGGUAAUGCUGUUGAGGAUUACCCCAACCUUCAUGAGUUGAAAGUCACUUACAGGAGUAAUACUGAUGAAGACCAGGAAGUCACCUUGAGGAGUCCUACUUACACAGUUAGCACCAUUGAGCCUCGUGAGCAGCCAUCACCUGUUCAAGAUGCGGAACACUUCUUCCGAGGAAUUCUGGAACCAGAUAAAUCUCCAUCGAAUGCUGGCAACAGAUUUGAAUACAAGUACACUGGCCCUGUCCCGUAUACAUACCAACCAAACUUUGACGUCAGGCGCCAGUUCUUACAUCCCGAAGGAAUACGAGAGACUAUGCUAUACGGUACAGCACCAAGUACUGUCUUUGUGGAACCCAAUAGAAACGACUAUUUGGAACUAAAGGCAAAACUUCAAAUGGAGCCAGACUACCUUGAAGUUCUUGAGAAACAGACGACACAAAGCCAGUUUUAAAUCUUGAUCUGUAUCUAAAUGCAUUUAAAGCAUUAUUUCCCCUUAUACUGACUCAAACUGGAGGGUGCCUUGGCACAAAAUACAACAACUACAAAAAAAAAUUAUUCCAAACCUUCAGUGGGGUGUGCCGAACUAUGUUACUUUAAUUUCAGAAUCACAUGGUAUUACAGAAAUAAAUAAAUACGAAUGAAAAUAUAUAAAUAGAGCUCACAGAACUUGGACGAAGGCACGAGUGAUGUAAAACUGGUGAUGCAAAAUCUAUUUUUUUAAGUCGAAGUUUGAAUACACGUAAAUCAGUGUACAGGUUAAUCUCACCCAAAUACAUUUUCAGGAAUAUAAUCAUAAAAAUAUUGUGAAUUUAAAGGGUUUUGUGCAGGGGGAGAGGGGUUUACAGUACAUACAAGUACAAAAGAAUAAAAAAAAGAAAUACUUUAACAGAAAUACUAUACAGCAACGCAUCUGACCGAGCAGGACAAUUUCUCUGCUUUAGUCUGUAAGUAAGUACUGUAUUUAUUGGUAUACUCUUUGCCAUGUAUUUUCAAUUUUUUUCAAUACUCAUCAAUAUUAUGUCUGUCAUGUCCCAUGAUUUUCUGUACAAAACUUUUGUUUGUAGUUUCUGAUCAAUUACUGUAGCUUGCAUUGUGCUAGUGGCUUUCUUUCUGCAGUGGCACACCCCAGCGUCGAAGAGAAAUUCUGCAUCAUUUAACGAUUUCAAAGUAAAAGUGUCUUUGUAUGCUGUCUGCACUUUUUUUUUUUUUUUGGAAGAUGGAAGGCCACAGGGUCUUCCCAGCUAACAUUAGACUAAAUAUUAUGUAUUAAAAAUGAAUAUAUGUAUUCAUUCUUAAUAUGUAUUUUUAAUAUCUUAAUGAAAUUCAUAAAUAAUAACUGAAGUAAUAAUUAUGUUGUGUAAUACUGAUAUUUUAAUGUAACACCUAUUUUUAUACAAGCAUUCGCAAAUCUCUUUCCCUUAUUGUUUUCAUCGUUUUGAUUGCUUUGCACUUAUGCACUAUGUUGACCAAAAUAUGUUUAUGUCAUCAAUAAAUAUGAUGU